UCUGUCCAUAUCCACUGAGUAGUUCAAUUGGAAGCUCACACUAACACAUGAAAUGAUUUGAAAGUAUGAAGGAAAAGUGGAUCAGGCAGUAGAGCUUGCCGGUUUAAUGGCCGCUCUAUGUAGUCGCUUCAUGACCAGAAAUUGCUCAGGCUUUCAGUUCUGGUUGAUAUUCGGGAGACUAAUAUUUUGAGAAAGUCGUGACCACUAGAGGAUGGCGGGAACCAAUUCAUCUUCCAGUUCGUCAGCUACCCUGUCCAGCCCUAUGAUUUCCGUAGAUAGCUCGUGGGAACCCAGCCUGAGAGACUGGGGAUACACUUCCGAUGAAACUGAUCCGAACGUGAUAAUGGCUAACCAUAUGACCCCCGACUCACCGAAGGUCGAACCAGUAGAAGUUGUUAUGGUAGAUUCAUCCGAGUCUGAGCUUGAGGAUCUCGUGGUAGAAGUUAUCCCAGUUGAGUCAUCGCCUUCAAUCAUUAUGAUUCCAUCCGACCCCUCUGACAUGGAGUCCAUUGUAGCCCAGAUUCCUAGUGAUGACCAGAGACUUGCCCCCCCUGUGGGUGAGUUGAGUAGCCUAGGCAUUGGUCCAGAUCUCGACCUUGAAGGAUGGGGGACUAGCGGCAUAGAUCCAGAUCCAAUGUCCAAUUCUGUUGAUAACCAAGACUCAGAGGAGACUGAACCAACUGAGGAGAAGUCUAGUUCCAGCAGCUCCUCUUCCUCAGGGAAAUAGAGCAUAACUGUUAGGGCAAUUUUGUAAUAUCAGUAUAUGGGUUUUCAUAGUCACUCUUUUGGUUUAUGUAGGACAUUUUGGUAGAAAAUAUGUAUAUAUAAACCCAUAUA